AUGAAGCUCACCACAGCAACUUACCUUUCUCUACUUCUCCUAAAAGGCUCGCUUGCCAGUCCCAUUGCGAUCCCGCAGCCUGAAAACGCAAUCGAAAACGUACCAGAUGCCAUAGCGGGGACUGUCUCGGCCGUUAUCGCAGGCUCUACGAAUAACGCAGCCGAUGGCGCGCUCAAACGCGAUGCUGCCGAUGGCCUGCUCAAACGCGAUGCUGCCGAUGGCCUGCUCAAACGUGAUGCUGCUGAUGGCCUGCUCAAACGUGAUGCUGCUGAUGGCCUGCUCAAACGCGAUGCUGCCGAUGGCCUGCUCAAACGCGAUGCUGCCGAUGGCCUGCUCAAACGUGAUGCUGCUGAGCUACAUGCGUUGGCGUAA